UAGGACUGGGUUUUUCCAGCCAGAGUCUCACUCCCUCUACAGCAAUCUCGGGAAACUAAAGACCGACGCGGCUGCUCCUGCACGGUAUUUCUCCCCUCUUUCCCUCCCGCGAGACCCUCCUGUUGGGAGGAGAGGCAGGCAGGAAGCGGCAGAGAGGCCCCCGCUGAGCAGCCCCAGGCUCGCUCCUCCGGCAGGGGCCAUGAGCACCAAGCAGGAGGCCAGGAGGGAUGCGGGAGAAGCCAGGACCAGCGGGCAGGAGGCACAGCUUCGGGACCGAGCCCACCUGAGCCAGCAGCGCCGGCUCAAACAAGCCACUCAGUUCCUGCACAAGGACUCAGCCGAUCUGCUCCCGCUGGACUCCCUCAAGAGGCUGGGCACCUCCAAGGACUUGCAGCCACACAGUGUGAUCCAAAGACGCCUGGUGGAGGGAAACCCGAAUCGGCUUCAGGGAGAGUCUCCCCCUAUGCAGGCCUUGAUUCAUGGCCAGGAGAGCAGGAAGACCAGCAAGACAGACAGUCCAGCUCUUCUGGUCAACUGCAAGUGCCAGGACCAGCUGCUUAGAGUGGCCGUGGACACAGGCACCCAACACAAUCAGAUCUCUGCUGGCUGUCUCAGCCGUCUGGGGUUAGAGAAAAGGGUCCUAAGAGCCUCAGCUGAGGACCUGGCCUCUGGGUCCCCAACCCAGGUGGAGCAGCUGGAGCUACAGGUGGGGCAGGAGACUGUGGUGUGCUCGGCACAGGUGGUGGAUGUUGAGAGUCCUGAAUUCUGCCUGGGCCUGCAGACUCUGCUUUCUCUCAAGUGCUGCAUUGACCUGGAGCACAGAGUGCUGCGGCUGAAAGCCCCGUUCUCAGAGCUGCCCUUCCUACCUUUGUACCAGGAACCUGGCCAGUGACUGCAGUCUCAGUCAGUCCCCAGAGGGAAAGACCUUGACUCAGGGGAAGAGGUGUGUGGGGAAAGGAAGCUCUUGGAGCCAGGUAGCUGGGGACUACGGUGUCUGCCCUUUGAAUCACCACCCUGGCCCCUGCUGUCCCAUUUCUCCCUGCCGGCCACAUUUCUCUCUGCUUCUUGGCAGCUGUCCAUCCUACUCCCCAGGAAGAGUCUUCACUAGAGGGACCCUGAUGCCAGGAUUCUGAUUCAUUUCCCUCCCAAGAAAAGUGAAGCCAAAUCAGGACCACAGAUAGGAACCUAAGUAAAACAGGGUGCCUGCUUGGCCUGGGUCGAAGGCUCUGCUGACUGCUGUCCUUGCCCACUACCCAAUCUCACCCCAAACAUAACUCAUCUUCCCACACCACCAAGUCUCUCACCACAAAUUAUCUCUUACAACUAGACUGCCAUGCCUCACCAACCUGGGUCCCCGGACCUCCUGCAGUCUGCCUCUUAGAUUCUGUACACAUCUGCUCACAGUUGAGGAGGGGGAAGAAACAUUAAACAGAAUUCAAUACAAGGCAAGGGAGUUAGUACAGGAAGGUCCAUUAUUAGUUACUUUUCUGGGGCUACAAAUGUCUGAAGCCAGUUACUGUCUGAGUACCCUGUGCAAAACCUUAGACAUACUUCUGCUAUUAACACUAAGUAUUUAUCCUCCAUCUGCUUUUUGUACCCACCAAGCCCCUGAACUUUGGGUGUGUGUGGAAAAGCCUCAUAGAGAACUGCUCCUAUGAAGUAGACAGGAUAGUGAGGUUGUCAGCACUCAGACUUAACCUAUUCAGUAUUCCUUCUGAUUUCUAGAACUAUCCACCUCAUUAGGCCUUCUCCCUAUCCCCAACUCUGGUCUCUUGAGCUUAAGCUUGCCUUUUCCUGGAAUCAGUGGCUUUCUAAACCCCUGCCAGGCUUUGCCAAAGCAAAAAGACGGAGGUGUUUUUUUUUUUUUUUAAGUUUGGAGUCUUGUCAGGAGACAGAGGCUUUUUGAAUUCACUGUGAAGCGAAGAAUCCAAACCUUAAGAAGCCACACCCUUGAGAGUCUUUCUGGCUGGUUUGAGUCUCUCAAAUCAUGGGUUAGGAGUAAGGCUGGGUGCAAUAGCUCACACCUAUAAUCCCAGCACUUUGGGAGGCUCAAGUGGGCAGAUCAUUAGAGGUCAGGAGUUUGAGACCAGCCUCGGUAAUAUGGCAAAACCCCAUCUCUACUAAAAAAAUACAAAAAUUAGCCAGGCGUGGUGGUGCGCAUCUGUAAUCCCAGCUACUUGGAAGGCUGAGGCACAAGAGUUGCUUGAACCUGGGAGAUGGGGGUUGUAGUGAGCCAAGUUCGUGCCACUGCACUCCAGCCUGGGUGAAAGACCCUGUCUCCAAAAACAAACAAAAAGAAGGAGCAGAGAAAGACAGUGGUAUAGCUAACCUGAAUAGUGGAACUGGGACCCUUGGGCUGAAACAAGUCUUGAGCCUGGGGUAGACUGAGUUACAGAAGAACCGGGAUACAAGGAGCUGCCCCUGACACCUGGCCUGAUCUUUCUCAGCUGUCUGCCCUGUCUUUAGAAGGAAAGGAGAGGGGCUCACUUACCACGUCUACCACAGAACCUGGUCUCAAAAUCCUCAAAGCUUCCCUCUCCCUCACGGCCUUGCUCCGCAAGGUCCGCUUUCCUGGGUCUUGGCCUGGGCCUUUCCUUGUCUGGCUCCUGCUGCUUCUGUAACCGCAGACCCCAGGCCCAGCGGCAAGCCCUCGGCUCAGCUGCUUCUCUACCGGAAUAAACUCUUGUUUCUCUAUG